UGUAGUUUCACAUUGUAAUUUAUUCAUUUCUUAAAUAAUAUCACAAAUUAAUUAAAUAUCACUGAAAAAUGACGCUAUAUCACUUCGGAAAUUGUUUGGCAUUGGUAUAUGUACCAUACUAUUUAACUUACAAAUAUUCUGGCUUAUCGGAGUAUGGUGCCUUCUGGAAAUGCAAUCAAGCCGGUGGUAUUUACAUAUUCACACAACUCGUAAAAAUGCUGGCACUUGCAACAUUUUUUCCAACCGCUGACAAUGUAGGAGAUGACUGUUUUGAUAUCUUUGGAGAAUUUUUAAAGUCAUCCAUUGAUCUGGCAGACUUGGUAGGAAUUUUGUUAGUACUAAAUAGUAUACCUGGCAAAGGUCAUGCCAAGGUAUUAACUGCUGGUAUAGGUUGGGCAGGAGCUGAAGUGCUGCUUACAAGAUUCUUGUUGCUCUGGGUUGGAGCACGUGGUGCUGAGUUUGAUUGGAAAUACAUUCAAAAGAGUCUUGAAUCAAAUAUCAAUUUGGUGCAGCACAUAACAACCGCAACAUUGGUUUGGUUGUGGUCUAGACAUGAUUUACGUCGUAGUUUAGUUCCUAUAGUAGUUAGUAUGCUUAUACUUAUAGUAUACAGGCCACUCAUACUAGACAUUCUUUCAUCCUUUUUAUUAGCUGGUCCAUGGUCAACACUUAUUAUUAAAGCGAUCACUACCUUUUUCAUCGGCGCAACAACGUUGCAUAUUUACGCAGGUCUUGCGCAUUCAAUUGGAAUUUUCUAAAUAAUAUAUGUACAUAUAUUUAUUGUGACGUGCGG